UGUAAACGCCUCAUCAGUACACAGGGACUGCGGCUUUGGUCCAACCUGCACGAUACUAAUUAUACUACUAACCGGUAUAAUUAGUCGCGCGUUUUAGGGAGUGAUCCAACCUGUUCGAGUACUUUCACUUUCUUCAGUCAACAAGAAUCCUGUAGCAACCGAACCAUUCAGUGAUAAAAUGUGGGCGCACUCUGAAACAGACGAGACCGAUUCAUCGUGCAGUGAGGACAAUUCCAUCUGCGGGAUCUGUCGGCAGGCUCUCCAGGUGCCCAGAACUCUGCCCUGCCGGCAUGUCUUCUGUGGAGCCUGCCUGGAUGACCUGGCGCGCAGGCAAUCGCCCCUGGUCUGUCCGAUCUGUGAGUCCCCCGCGAGGGAGCCGGCUUUAAGCUGCACCAUUCCGCAACAGGGGAAGGCCGUCGUCGGCCUGAGUCUUGUCAAGGCCGUCCCAACACGCCGGAAAAGUUUUGAAAAGUGCUCGGAGCAUCCCCAAAAGUGGCUGGCAUUGCAGUGUCGUCAGUGUGCAGUUGACAUCUUCAAGAGAUGUCUGGGGGGAACACCAGCGAAACAAGUGGAUUCCAAACAAAGAACCGAGGACUUUCUGAGGAAUCUUGACAAUUUGAUAAAAUCUUCAACGGAAAACCAUCUCCAAACUAAGCAAAGAAUCAGUGAUCAGUACGACCUCCGGGUCCAGAAGCUGCUCCAUCGACGAGAUGUCCUUCUCCGAGAGGUCGACGACAAUCUGGAACACAACAUGGCGGCUAUCGCCAGGGAAGGGGAAAUCGCGCAAAAUCAGCUCAAGGAGCUCAACAAGGUUCAAAGUAUCAAAGGAAAGAAGGGGAAGCUCACAAACAAAAGCAGAAACUACAUAGCAAUCCCUGUUCUUCCACAACCUUCCACUACAAGCUUUGAAGCCAUUGACGCUGAUCUCGAGUGUUUCAUCGGGCGUGUGACCAUCCACAGGCCGGAUCAGGAAUGUGAAAAUGGCGGUAAGAAGACUGAUGGAGACGAGGACGUUGGAUGCUUCAGUUCUCCUACCAACAAAAAGGAAUCGAUGAUUUCAUACCUCAGUUGUUUAUUUUUGUAUAAUAUAUGAAAGUUGUUACGUCAAGUACAGUUCACAGGUAGAUGAUGAUCGUUUAGGCUACCAUAGGCGUGCAUAUGGCAAAUUGUUAUACGCUAUGCGCAAAGUGGGAGGUGUCAGACAUGAGAACUUUCAGCUAAUCGAGUGGGAUCUAUUUCUCUUUUGUGUCUCUGCUCCACUGCUAUAGAGGUAUCGCAACCCCUCAGGCAUAUGCAUUCUAAUCUCCAAGCAGAUCCCUAUCGGCGGCAAAAAGACAGUAUCAAAUUGGCCAGUCAGUAUCCAUU